UCCUUCAAAAGUGUCACCGGACUGAACCGCUUCGCUUCGGAACAUCAUUAGCAAAAAAGCUGAAGGUGCGCGAGAUUUCUGCGAGGGUACCGCGCCGCUAGAUUCCGUCGAAAUCCGGAUUUCGCCUCCCCGAGUGUGUGCGUGUGUGUACUUCAGCUCUGCCAGUAGAGGCACCCCCCACGUCUUUCUAUUUCGGAACCUGUGCUUCGAGUUGCGUGCGAACGUGUUUUUUUCCUGCCGCUGCAAAAUCCAGUGAAGAACACACCGAAAAGAUGCCUUCCAGCGAUCCGUUGCCGCCAAAGGAGAGCGCCCUGUUUCGGAAGAUCUUGAAAUGCUACGAGAUGAAGCAGUACAAAAAUGGGCUCAAGCUGGCCAAGCAGAUCCUGACCAAUCCGAAGUUUACCGAGCACGGUGAAACGCUCGCGAUGAAGGGCCUCACGCUGAACUGUCUCGGUCGCAAGGAGGAAGCGUACGACUACGUGCGCCGCGGGCUGCGCAACGAUCUCAAGUCGCACGUGUGCUGGCACGUGUACGGUCUGCUGCAGCGGUCGGACAAGAAGUACGAGGAGGCGAUCAAGUGCUACCGCAAUGCGCUCAAGUGGGAAAAGGACAACAUCCAGAUUCUGCGCGAUUUGUCGCUGCUGCAGAUUCAGAUGCGGGACUUGGAGGGUUAUCGGGAAACGCGCCACCAGCUGUUCAAGUUGCGUCCGUCGCAGCACGCCUCGUGGAUUGGGUUUGCCAUGAGUUACCACCUGCUGGGAGAUUACGACACGGCUAAUAAUAUCCUGGAGACGUUCCGGGCGUCCCAAACGGUGGAGACGUACGACUACAAGCACAGCGAGUUGCUGCUUUAUCAGAUCCAGGUGAUCCAGGAGUCGGGCAAUUACGAGAAGGCGUUGCAACAUUUGAAAAAGUAUCAGCUGCAAAUUUUGGACACGCUCGCCGUGAAGGAGACCAUGGGUGAUCUGUGCCUUAAGCUGAACCGCCACGACGAGGCCCGUGUCGUGUACGGCGAGCUGCUCAAGCGUAAUCCGGAGAACAUUGCGUACUACGAGCAGUAUCUGAAGGCGCUUAAGGUAGGCGGCCAGGAGGAAACAAUCGAGGCGUACCAGAAGCUCCAGGCGGAACACCAGCAAUCAUUCUGUGCCAAGCGACUGCCGUUGGACGUGGCCCAGGGCGACACGUUCCGUACACUGGUCGACGAGCAUCUGCGGCGUAACCUGCGGAAAGGCGUACCGCCACUGUUUGUGAAUCUGCGCUCGCUGUACCGUGACGAGCAGAAGGUUCGCGUCAUCACCGAACUCGUCGAAGGAUAUCACCAGAAUCUGACCAGCAGCGGAUACUUUGCGGCCGAGGACAAGGAGCAGAAUCUGCCCAAGGAGCCGGCUUCGGCACUGCUGUGGACGCUGUUCUACCUGGCUCAGCACUACGAUCACCUGCGCGAGUCGGAAAAGGCGCUGGACUUUAUCAACGCGGCCAUCGACCACACGCCGACCCUGAUCGAGCUGUUUGUGACCAAGGGUCGCGUGUACAAGCACGCCGGCGAUGUUCUCGAGGCGGUCAAGUGGAUGGACGAGGCGCAGAGCUUGGACACGGCCGAUCGCUACAUCAACUCCAAGUGCGCCAAGUACAUGCUACGUGCCAACCAGAUCAAGGAAGCGGAGGACAUUUGCGGCAAGUUUACCCGCGAGGGCGUCUCCGCGAUGGAAAAUCUCAACGAAAUGCAGUGCAUGUGGUUCCAGACGGAGUGCGCACUGUCCUACCAGCGGAUGGAGAAGUGGGGCGAGGCUCUGAAAAAGUGCCACGAGGUAGAUCGGCACUUUUCCGAAAUCAUCGAGGACCAGUUCGACUUCCACACGUACUGCAUGCGCAAGAUGACGCUGCGCUCGUACGUGGGACUGCUCCGGCUGGAGGACGUGCUGCGGCGGCAUCCGUUCUACUACCGGGCGGCCAAGUGCGCAAUUGAGGUCUACGUUCGGUUAUUUGACAAACCUCUGCCAGCUGAAUCGGCCGAAGAGGAGCUCGAUACUGAAAACCUGCCCCCGGCGGAGCUGAAAAAGCUGCGCAACAAGCAACGCAAGGCCGCCAAGAAGAAGGCCGAGCAAGAGAACGCCCAAGCCGCGCAGGCGAACCAGAAAAAGGAAAACAAGCAACGCAACGCCAACCAGGACGGUGACCCAGAGACGCCCCAGCUGGACGAGCUGAUACCGGACAAGCUGGCCCGGCCGGAAGAUCCGCUGGAGAAGGCCAUCGAGUUCCUGCGACCGCUGCAGCUGCUCGGAAAGGACCGCAUCGAGACACACCUGAUGGCGUUCGAGAUCUACUCGCGCCGGGGCAAGCUGCUGCUGAUGCUGCAAUCACUAAAGCGAGCCCGCGCCAUCGAUGCCAACAAUCCCACCCUGCACAACUGCAUCAUCCGGUUCUACAAGGCGCUGGAGGCGCGGAUCGCGUCCAAAGAAAUCGACGAAAGCGUCAAGCUGGUGAUUGACCGCGAGCGGCCCAAGCUGUUCCGCGGUGCCAACUCGGCGGCCGAACUCAACGAGAGCUUCCUGGCAGCGAACCGGGCCAGCAACGACGCACUGUACGAAGUCGCCAAGAUCAUGUACCAGCUGGACGAGAAGCGACGCGAUGAAGCGGUCAAACUGCUCACUUCGGUUGAGCUGAAGAACGCCACGUUGGAGAUUACGACCAAAAUGUUCCUGUUGCUCAAGUCUGGCUUCUUCGCCGGCUCCCCGGCCGAGCAGCUGGACAAGUUCAAGGCGGCCUGCCAGAAGCGGUUCCCGCUGGCUGUCGUUUUUGCCGAUGUUAUCCCAACCGUUGCCACCACCCUCACCACCGCCCAGUCCGCGACGUCCGCGGGUCCCGUGACGACCAGCGUCACCGGUACCACGAUGAGCCCGGCGGAACAGCAACCGACGACAAAGACGACGACGACGACGGCACAGAAACAAAAAAACGGAAGCGAAAUUAAAGCCAACUAACUCUUAACCCGCGUGCGCUCUGUUGAGAACUAACGGUGAUGAUGAUGAUGAUGAUGAUGAACAACAACCCAACAACAGCAACCAUGAUCGAAUAGGCGAGUUUCGUUUGUUUUUUAGUUGAAACGCAACGGAACACGGUAAAAAAAUUUGUAAGGUACCGGCUUCCACCCCCACACCAACACACACACAGCUUUUUAGGUUCCACUUGCGAGUAGUAUUCUAGCAGACAGAAAAAUGAUCAAGCAAACAAGUCAGGAGGAAGCGGCGCUCCCCAAACGGAAAUAAACCUGUACUAUAAAGAGAGUCAGCGACAGUCGACACUGCUCGCGGUGUUUUCGUUCAAGUGUGUGCGUGCGUGCGUUUGUAUGUGUAUGUGAGUGUGUGGCUGCAUGUGCGAUCUAGCCUCACAUACAAAAAACUUCGUCAACUAAUUUCAAAAAGAGUAACACAACACACGAACUAUGUUAGAAGAAAACUUUACACCUCAAAGGUACACAGAGCCAUGAACAUUUUGUAAUAUAUCAGUAAUAAAGCAUGCAGUGUGUGCUUUCAAACCUAAAAAAAAAAUCCAACCCCAUUUUCAAAUUGGUGACCCCAUCCCCCCAUCUUACAGACAGAACAUGCAAGCUCCACCCCGCAGCAACAUUUCUAAUCAAUCAGUACAGUGAAAUAGAUCGAUAUCGUGGAUAAAAUGACACACACACAAACAAUUACUCAACUCUUUGAUAGUUACUCAUUGAAGAAAAAAAAAGCAAGCGAUUAGCGGAUUGUGGAAUCGAGACAAAUUUAUAGUUUUUUUUCUCCCCCCAAAACAACUAAAGUUAAGAACAAUAACUAACGUUUACAGGCGUGUGUGAAGUAAACCAGAAAUAGAGGAGCUUGAAGAAAGUG